AUGGGCACCUUGCCCAAGUGUAACGCGUGUCAGUUGCAUCACGAGGGCCGAUGCAGAUCUGGAAAAUGUGAAUCUUGUGGAAGAGUUGGUCACUCAAAAGAAUCAUGCUGGGUUGGUACUGGCCGUGGCGGUCAAAGGGGUUUUGGUAACAACAACCGUGGAGGUAAUGGGAAUGGAAACCGCCCACAAGGAGGGAAUGCCGGAAAUGGUAAUCGAGGAAAUUUUGGAAACCAAGCUGGAGGUGGGAAUCGCAACCAAAACAAUGCUCAAGGUGGUAAUGGGAAUGGUCGAGGACCAGGGUGUUUCAAUUGUGGAGACAUGGGGCAUUUCAAACGUGAGUGCCCGAAACUCAAUCAAGCACAAGGAAGAGUUUUUAAUAUCGGUGCGAGUGAAGCACGCCAAGAUCCAAAUGUCAUUACUGGCAUGGGAAUGGAAGAGGCAGAGAUACGUGAGCCAGCCAGCUGUCCAUCCAGACGUGUGUGUAUCCAAGAAAGAGCCAGCUAG